GAUCGGUCCGCUCUGAUGUGUGAUCGAUGUUUCAGUUGCUUUCCGUCUGUGAUAAGCUCAACAACCCCCCAGUUCCGUACCGUACCCGGACCAUUGAAGAAACCCAAAAAUCAUAUAAAAGCAACGGGCAGAGAGGCCUGGAAGCGUUUAAAAGACUUGCACGAUCGCCAGCAAAGACGACGUCGACCCCCACCAAACCACGAGGAUAAUCCCAGUCAAUAUUCGAGCAUCAACAGCGAAGACAUUGGCACAUUGUUACUACCCAUAUCAAAGAGGAGAAUCCCACCAACUGGAGCCGACUCGGAGGACCCAGAAGACUCAGAGGAAGAGACCCACUGUGACGCCGUAUUCCACCUGAGACAGUCGCAAUUUCAGCGAGAUCUACGCAUCCAUCCCUACACAGACACCAAUGUGGCACGUGGCGGCGGCGGUGGCAAACAGAGAGACGUCCAAGAAGUAGCAGAAGAUACAGCAGCCAUCAUGCCGACUGAUACAGAGAGUCAAGAAACCAAGCCCCUGAACAACAACAACACAAAUGGAAACGGAAGUGGCAAUGGAAGCGGAAACGGAAACGGAGGUAGCGGUGGCAGCGGCAGUGGCAAUGGCAGCACACAAAGUAAACCAAAAAUCCAGCCAAAGUACAGCAUCCAUCGGGAUGUGCUCACCCACGAGGUGGUCAUCAAGGAGACGGGCUAUGCGGCCCGCGACAAGAGCAUACCCUCGUCGCUGCGCAGCUGCUGGCAGAGCUGGAGCUUCUUUGCGCUCUUCACGGGCGUGAUACCCAUCCUGCAGUGGCUGCCCAAGUACUCGCCACGGCGGGACCUGGCCGGCGACGUCAUCGCCGGCUUCACGGUGGCUAUUAUGAACAUCCCGCAUGGCAUGGCCUACGGCAUCCUGGCUGGAGUAUCCGCCGGCAAUGGCCUGUAUAUGGCCGUGUUUCCGGUGCUGGUCUAUCUGCUGCUGGGCACGUCCAAGCACAUAUCGAUUGGCACCUUUGCGGUGGCCAGCAUGAUGACCCUCAAGGUGGUGCAGACAUACGCCACCGUCGACUCCACUCUUACGGUUGCGGCCAAUCUAACUGCGACAGCGGACACCCUGCCGCUGGCCAACGGCACGGCGGCGAGUCUCACGCCGCCGGCGGAUGUGAUCACGAACCUGGAGGUGGUCACAUCCCUGGCCCUGGCCGUGGGUAUUGUUAAUCUGCUGAUGGCCUUCCUAAGACUGGGCACCCUGGCCUCCCUGCUGAGCGAUCCGCUGGUGAAUGGCUUCACGACGGCAGCCGCCUGUCAUGUUGUCACGGCGCAGCUGAAGGAUGUGUUGGGCAUCGAGGUGGAUCGGUACAAGGGCGCCUUCAAGAUCGUGUACACGCUGAUCGACGUGAUCAAGAGCGUGCCGCAGACGAACCUGGUGAACUUUGGCUUCUGCGUGGCCGUGAUCAUCUUCAUGGCGGUCUGCAACGAGAUCCUGAAGCCGUUCCUGAGCAAGCGCUGUCGUCUGCCGCUGCCCGCCGAGCUAAUAGCCGUGAUCGGCGGCACCCUGAUCUCCAAGUGCUUCGAUCUGCAGCCGCAGUUCAAUGUGCAGCUGGUGGGAGUGAUACCCAGCGGCUUGCCGGAGCCCGUUCUGCCCCGGCUCGACCUGGUGCCGAAGGUGGCCCUCGACUCGAUUGCCAUUGCCGUCGUCACCUACUCGAUCAUCAUGUCCAUGGGCCUCACAUUCGCCCGGAAGCACGGCUACGAGGUGCGGGCCAACCAGGAGCUCUUCGCCAUGGGCAUUGGCAACAUUGUGGGCGGCUGCUUCUCCUGCAUACCCAUGGCCUGUUCGCUCUCGCGAUCGGUCAUCCAGGACCUGUCGGGCGGCGUAUCGCAGAUAGCUUCCCUGAUUGACUGAAAAAGUCAAUUGGAACUCCAUUG